ACGAGAUUUAAAAAUGUCACAGCAAAUGCACAAGGGCGGUGGUGACCAUCGUGAUGGAGAUAAGGAGAAAAAGAAGAAGGAAACAAUUUUAGAUCUGACAAGACUUCUAGAUAAACAAAUCAGAGUGAAGUUUAGCGGAGGAAGAGAAGCUAGUGGUAUGCUAAAGGGCUUUGACCCAUUGCUGAAUCUUGUGUUAGAUGGAUGCACAGAAUAUCUCAGAGAUCCUGAUGAUCCAUACAAACUGACAGAAGAUCGUCGUCAGCUUGGUCUAGUUGUAUGUAGGGGAACCUCUGUUGUGCUGAUAUGUCCAGCAGACGGUAUGGAGGCCAUAGCAAAUCCUUUUGUACCCCAGGAUGGAUAGCACUGACUUAAUCCCACAGUUCAUUUACACAAUCAGGAUCUAUAGGAGCCUCUUAUAUUAUAAUGUACAUCAGACAUUCCUUGAGAACAGUUGGGAAAUCAACACUAUUAUUAGGAACACCUAACAUUUGAGAUUCCCAUUCCCACUACUAUUAGGAACUACGAUAUACAUUUAUUUGGACUUUAUUAUCAGGAACUCAUACUAUGUGGAAUUACUAAAAUAAGUCUAAUGUCAGGAAUCACAUUACAUGUACUUUAAUCUUUGAGUAUGUCAGGAAAAUGCCUAAAAAUGAGGUGUAUCUAUUACAGCUCAUAUCAGUAUUUCA